AUGAAGAACAAUCUGCAUAAUCAGAUAAAGGAGCUCCAAGUGAGGGUCCAGAACCUAGAAGUGAAAAUAGAAGACUACAAGCAGUGGUUUGACAAAAUGGGUGACUCCUUCUGCUCAUUGUGUGCCAUCACUAAUGGUAUUAUGAGAAAGGAAACCAUGGGGUUUGUGUCAGGCCAGAGUCGGAUGAAAAAGAAGGCAAGGAAGCUAUUGAAGGAGGGCUUGGCUCUGGCAUUGACAUUAACUACCGCCACUGCAAUACAGAAUGCCAACACUUCCUGUUUUCCUCAUGUAUUUGAAAGGUUUUCUCUUACUUUUGUGUCCCUCACCAAUAACCUUUUGACAGGUGAAAUUCCAGAGGCCAUUAAUGGAGAGCUCAAAUCUUUGAUAACUUUGGCACUAAAUGCGAACUAUUUAACUGGUAAAAUUCCAAAGGGCAUCGGAGAGCUCAAAUCUUUGGGGUCUUUGUAUCUGAAUGAAAACAAUUUAUUUGGACCAAUACCACCUGAACUAGGAAACUGCACGAUUCUAUUGAGUUUGUGUCUCCAGAACAACCAUCUCACAGGUAAAAUUCCAAAGUCCCUUGGAGAACUCAAAACUUUGUCAAAUGUGUAUCUGUAUCGAAAUGAUUUAACUGGAGCUAUACCACUUGAACUAGGAAACUGCACGUCUCUAUUUAUUUUGAUUCUCAACGAUAACUAUCUCACAGGGAAAAUUCCAGAGGCCAUUGGAGAGCUCAAAUCUUUGGUAUAUUUGUAUCUGAAUGGAAACAACUUAACUGGACCAAUACCAUACAGUAUUGGUAAACUCUCCAGUCUUUCUGAGCUUAUCCUAAUUCCACCAACAUUGAGUAACUGCGCAGCCUUAAAGAAGCUGAAGCUCUCUAGCAACUCAUUUAAUGGAAAUGUUGAAAUCCAAUUUUCUUCUUCGAUACAAGUUUUGUCUGCUCAUUCUAAUAAUUUUUCUUGGACCCUGUCGGCAUCGUUGGUCAAUUGUACACAGCUUACUCUUCUUGAUUUCAGCAAGAAAAGAUUGGUGUUGGAUUUAUCUAAUAAUAAAUUUGGUGGAAGAAUUCCCUCUACUCUAGAGGAUCUAAAGGGAUUUAAAGAUCCUAAAGUUUCACAACUGGGUGGCACUGCGCUCUAUGAGGAAAUACCAGCCAUCGAAAUAAAAGGAUUUGAGUAUAGACUAGAAUAUGUGUCGGCGGCAAACACUAUACUGGAUCUCUCAAACAAUAAUUUAAAGGGAGAAAUACCGCCAUAUAUUGGGAAUCUAUCUCAAUUGAGGUUGCUAAAGUUGUCUGGAAACCAAUUGGAAGGUGCGAUACCAGCAUCUUUGGGGCAAAUAGAACCUUUGGAGCAGUUGGACUUGUCUCAAAACAGUUUGAAUGGGGAAAUACCUGAGGAGCUAUCUCUAUUAUCCAAGUUGAGCUAUUGGAAUGUAUCUUUCAACCACCUCUGUGGGCCAGUACCUGCAGGAAAACAACUUAUGACCUUUGAUGAGAAAUCUUACCAGGGAAAUCCUAAAUGUUUAUGUGGGUAUCCUUUACAAAGCUGCAAACAGAAUAAAAGUUCAACAGUGCCUUCACCUUCAAAAACAGUGGGUAAAUCAGUGUGGAGUAAAGUGGAUAAACAUAUCUCAGUGAUUGCUGUGGGGUUGGGAUUUGGGAUUGGACUGGGUGGAAUCAUAUCAAUAAUGGUAUGGUGGGACAGACUUUUGCAUUUCAUGCGAGGCUCCAAAAUAAGAGGCUUAUGUACAAGUGCAGAUUCACAAACUUGUAGUUGGAGUUUGAGCUACAACCCACACUUCUCCUUUUUCUCUUCCACUACUUAG